AUGGCGUCUACAUCUUCAUCAGGACCGUACUUUGACCAACCCGCCCAACGCAAGCGACCAGCACCCGACAACACCGACGGCCGCAUCGUCCGCACUUUCCAGCAAGACGACGUGAAUGUGGAGCCCUCAUUGCAGCAUAUCCUAACGAGUACCACAACUACCACCGCUACAACCGCAGGCGCCGAGCUCGCUGCCCAGGCAUGCACGACUUGCCGGAAGCAGAAACGAAAAUGUGACAAGAUCCUUCCCUCCUGUGGUCUUUGCAUCCGCAUCGGUCGACCAUGUGACUAUUCCGACGAGAUUCGUGGUAGCGGUGCUGCACCAUCGCCCGAGGACUUCGUAGCACUGAGGCAGGAAGUUGCCGAAUUGAAGAAUCUACUCUCGCAAGGUGUAGUGACUCCGGCGCAGAGCAAUGGCGGCAGCAAUGGUCACAAUAACAGCCAUGGCAGCAGUCCGUACAGUGCCCUCGCAGGAAAUGGCAGGCCGAUGGGCCAAAGCUCUUCCUCUUUUCCAUCCUUGUACUUCCUGGACUCCAACGCCUUCGAGUAUGAACGCUCCCAGAUACAGGCACCCUACAUAAGACCGCCACCAAGCAUUCUAGCCUGUCUCGGCAACUCACUGGACCUGAGGGGCAUGAUCGAACACUACUUCGACACAGUGCACACCUACUUCCCCAUAAUCUCUAAGAUCAGACUCUAUCAACAUCUCGCAAACCCUCUCCACGAGCCAGGCGCGGACAUAGCACUCCUCUUCUCAGCCAUGAAACUAGCUUGCCUCGAACUAGCCGAAGGCGAAGCACCACAAACCCAACUCUAUCUAGACGUAAAAUCAGCCUACACCCACAUCGAAUCCCAGAACGGCUUCAGCAUCCAGCUCAUCCAAGCCCUCCUCCUCAUAUCCCUCUACGAAACAGGCCACGCAAUCUACCCAGCCGCCUACCUCACCAUCGGCCACGCCGCCCGUCUCGGCCACGCAAUGGGUAUCCACGAACGCAACGUCCCCCAGAUCCUCCAACGCCCAACAACCUGGACAGAACAAGAAGAGCGCCGCCGAGUCUGGUGGGCCGUCAUCCUCCUCGACCGCUUCAUCAGCAUCGGAUCGCGCGGCAAACCCUUCGCCUCCGCCGACCCAAGUCUAGACACCCAUCUCCCCACCGACGACACAGCCUGGGAUAAAGGCCACAUGCUCGUCGCGGCACCCCUCGCACUAUCAGCGAGCGCCACGAUCCGCGCUGCCCCCUUCGCCCGAACCUGCCAAGCCGCUCACCUGCUAGGCAAAAUCCUCCGCCAUACAAGCGAUACCGGUUUACCACUCGACUACCGCUUCGACGAAGCGCUUCAACUCAACAAAACCUGCCGGGCCCUCGCCACCCUCCUCCCGGACGAAGCGGAAGCAGAGAAUCUGGACGCAGGGACGAGGGCGACAUUAUGCAGUAGCAUGGGCAUCGCCUACUCCGCCCUCUUCGUCCUCUACGAUACCUACAGCUGUACCGAGCGCGCCGUGCUCAACGGUCCGGAAGCGCAACUCGUGAUGCAGAAAGCUGCUAUCGAAGGUCUGUCCGAGUUCUCCGCCAUCGUGAUGAGGUUGGCUCGACACGUGAGAUACUACAUCGAGACCGAAGGACUGGUUCGACUCCCUGUGUUCGUUAUAGAUAGUUUCUACCAAGCCGCAGCGAAUUAUGCAUGGUAUGUCCGCGAAUCCUCGGAUCCGGUUUGCGGUAAGCGAUUGCAGGAGCUGAAGGAGUUGCUGGGAGUUUGCGAGAAGAGGUGGCGGGUUGCGGGUCAGUAUUCCUCUCUUGUGUCGGACUUUUGGCAGAGGUUUGAGUUCAGUACUGUGCAUGUUGUGCGGGAUGAGGAGGGGAAUGUUAGAGUUGGAUGA